GUCGUUUGAAUUUCAAUCAGGCGGGAAACGCACUUUUGAAUCCCUGCGCGGCAACAAACAUGGGGCGCUGGCUGACCAUCAAAGAUAAGCGUGCUCUCAUAGCGAAAGCGGGUGAGAAUCCUGGAAUGACGCACGCCGAACUUGCUGAGUGGUCGACCAAAACGUACAAUCUUGGUCGACCAUUAGCUAGAAGUACUGUGAGCGACAUCCUUCGGAAGGCGCCGCAAACCAUGAGCCCCGCACACGAGGACACCAGUAGGCGAAAGCUAGUCAAGGUGACGUCAAUACGACUUGAGAAGGCGCUUUGGGCGUGGAUUGCCCUGCAGGAAACGCGCAAUAUUGUACUCUCAAGAGAGCUAAUUGCGAUGAAGGCAAGAGUGAGCGAGGCAGCAGUGACGAGAAAGAAGAGCAGCGAAAGCUGCGACGUAGAUAUCCAUGAGGUCGUUGCUAAUACAUCAGCUAUGCGCAUUUGAAUGCAAAUCAAAAGAAAAACCUUUAC